AUGCUCACUCUUGUCUUGGCUUUUGCACCAAGUCCAACUGAUUUAAGUCUUAUGGAUAAAUAUCUAGCUUUCGAGUUCCCUGGUACUCAGCCGCUGGCUCAAAGAAGAGUGCCCCGGGGUUCCGCGACUCCGGUUUAUAUAGUAGUUUCAGUUGGUAGCGGGGACAAAAUAAGCUCUGCCAUUGGCCCGGGAGCUCCUACUACCCCUUCCACUGCACUGGCGCGCAUAUUCGCGGCGCAUCGCCAGCUCCGAUUAUCCCGGGAGCUCCGAUUUUCCUUGACUGGUCUUGACUUAUGCGCACCUUUACAGCGCAUCUCGUUCUCACGAUGCUAA